AUGAAGAAGAGUUUUGGCUUCAGAAGGAAGAAGGGCAUCUCGCCCUUUGGCUCCUCCGUCAACCCAGUGAGAGACAGCGGUCAUAGAAUCAACUUCCGAGGUCCUUGCAUCCAAGACAAGGACCUCGGAAAGAUCCACAAAGCUGCCAGUGUCAGCAACGUAGCCAAAGUGCAGCAGGUUCUGUUGCCCAGGAGGAAUGGCCUGAAUGACAGGGAGAAGAUGAACAGGUUUCCCAAUAAACCUGGUGUUGACUUAGGGCCUACAUCAGACGAUGAAGUCUUAGAUUUUAAAACCAAGGAAGGAGCCACAAAGUCAGAACUUGUUGCAGAAAAAAGUGAUACUGAUAUUAUUGACAGGGCUCCCCAAGAGCAAACAAAUCAUGACCAUUCGACUUCUGUUGAUGGAGCACACAAAAAUAAUAGAAGCGAUAUGCUGUCAGCCUUAGGAUUGGGAGAAGAGGAAGAUAUAGAAUCACCUUGGGAUUCUGAGAGUAUCUCUGAGAGCCUUCCACAGAAGUAUGUGGAUCAUUUAUCUGGAACUGCUGGUGAAAGGGGAAAAAAGACAUUAAAUGGACAAGUAGAAGAUGUGUCUUAUAUACCUUCUUGUAUGAGUGGAUCAAGAAACUUUAAGAUGGCUAAACUAGAGGAGCCAAGACAUGUGGGCAAACCAGUAGCCCACAUGGAUUCUCCUGAGAAAUAUCCUAACAUAAAGCCUGCAGUCAGAAUGAAAGAUUAUGUUCCUAAUAAAACAGUCAGAAUGAAGGAUUUACGAACAUCCGGUUCAGUAAAUUUAACUAAACAUGCACAAUUGUCAACAAAACUAGACUUGGAAAUGAUAUCAGAGGAAGAACAAGAAAAACUUGAUGGAGAUGAAAAUAACCAUUCACAGAUUGAAGAAGAAAAGAAGCACAAAAGUAGUGAAGUGGAAGUAUCAGACAAUGUAUGCAAUGCUGCUGAUGAGAGUGGAUUGAUUCAGCAGAGAAAGAGUGGAGGAAACAGCAACCAGGAGUUUCCUGCUAUGGAGAAUGAAGAUUCUGAUAGUAGCAAUCCUGGUGUGCACAAGAAAGAAGUAAAGAAUAAGAACAAUGACAAAUGGACACUAGAAGAAUGUGUGACUGCACCAGUAUUUGAGAAGACCGAUUCGCUGACUGGUGGUCUGCUACACGUGAAUGAUGACAGCAUUUUAAGGGAAGUGGAUCAGGAUGAUGACAGGCUUGCAAGGAAAACACCGUAUGAAAAGAAGAAGGUCAAAGAACAAAUGAAUUACGUGAACGACCUGGAUGACUUAACUCAGUCAUCUGAGAUGGUUUCUGAGGAUGGCGACGCUCUUUACUCUACAAAUUCCACGUUGCAAGCAGAACCUCUUGACUUGGGGUGUGAAGACUCUGGUAGCUUGUUGAAAAUUCAGGAUGCAAUUUUUUCACAUGACAGAUUAGUAGAUUUUCAAAGAAAACACUGUGAACUACUUAGAGGAGAAAUUCACAGAAUGAAAAGCAAGUUUUGUGAGCUACAAAAAGAGCUAUCAGAAACCAAAAAAGUGAAAUCACAGUUAGAGCAUCAGAAAGUGGGAUGGGAACAAGAGCACAGAAGCUUGAGAUUCACCUUAAAGCAAGAAGAAGAGAAUAGAAGAAAUACCAAUAUGUUGUAUGAAAAAAUUAGGGAGCAGUUAAGAAGAAAUGAAGAUAAAUAUAAUAAAGAAGUUGAAAUGAAGCAGCAACUUGAACUCAGUCUCCGAGCACUAGAAAUGGAACUGAAGACUGUGACAAAUAAUCAGAGUCAGGCUUCUGCUGGUCCUGAAGAACCAAAAGACCUGUUGUGCAAAAACCAAAUGCUGCAGGAUGAAAUUGCCAUGCUAAAACUGGAAAUAGACACAGUGAAAAACCAGAACUUGGAAAAGGAAAAGAACUAUUUUGAGGACAUUGAAAUUGUCAAAGCAAAGAAUGAUGAUGCUCAAAAGGCAAUAAAAUUGAAUGAGGAAAGGUUAACAAAAACUAUAUCCCAGUAUACAGGCCAGCUUAAUGUUCUGACAGCUGAGAAUACAAUGCUAAAGUCUAAGCUGGAGAACGAAAAAGAAAACAAACAAAGACUGGAAACAGAAGUGGAAUCCUACCGUUCUAGACUGGCUGCUGCCUUUCACGAUCAUGGUCAAGAUCAAACAUCACAAAGAGACCUGGAGCUUGCCUUCCAGAAAGCAAAAGAUGAGUGGUUAUGCUUGCAGGACAAAAUGAAGUCUGAUGUGGCUAACCUAAAAGAAAAGAAUGAGGCACUUUCCCAGCAACUUUCUACAGCGGAAAGUAAAUUCCAUCAGGUAAAAAUCAAGUUGCAGCACGCAAGAGAUAAUCUUAGAGAAAAGACUUUGAUGUUAGAACGUGUCCAGAGAGACCUUCACCAAGCAGAGUGUCAAAAGCAGGAAACUGAACACAUGUAUCAGAAUGAACAAGGCAAAGUGAAUCAAUACCUUGGAAAGCAGGACUCCUUAGAGGAAACAUUAUCUCAACUCCAGAGUGAAAACAUGUUGCUCCGACAGCAACUGGAUGAUACACAAAACAAAGCCGACAGUAAGGAGAAGACAGACAUUAGCAUACAAGACCAGUUUCAGCAGAUCGUGAGAAAACUUCAUGCUGAAAAUGAGAAACAAGGUCUGAUGCUGGAGGAAAGAAACAAGGAGUUAAUCCAGGAACGUAAUCAUUUAAAAGAGAGAAUGUAUCAGUACGAAAAUGAAAAAACAGAAAGAGAAGCAGUUGUGAGACAACUUCAACAAGAAGUGGCUGAUGCCCUGCAAAAGAAGUCUAUGUCAGAGGCUUCACUGGAAAUCAUGUCAAGUUAUUGGGCUAAAUUAGAGGCUGAGACACAGGAUUUAAAGAACAACUUACAUCAACCCACAAGUCAGAUACAAGCAGGAUCUCAACAGAUGGAACUCAGAAUUAAAGACUUGGAAUCUGAACUGUCUAAGAUGAAAACUUUGCAAGAAGAUUCUAAUAAAGCUGAGUUGGAAAAAUAUAAGCAUCUCUACCUAGUAGAACUUGAAGUUAGAAAGUCAUUGCAAGAUAAACUAGACAAGACUGAUGAGAGGCUGAUAGAGACCAGGGCUGAACUUGAGGUGGAGAAGCAGCAGAACAGAUCUAUACACAGCACUCUUAGCACAAGGCCAGUCCUGGAGUCCUCUUCUGUUGGAAAUUUCAAUCCUGCUUCAGGGUUCAACACAAACGUUAUUUCAAGAGCAAACAGAGGGUUUUCUACCUCAAUCCCAUGCCCUUCAAAUGACAGCAUGGAGACUUACUUGACCAAGAUGCAGCAGGAGUUGGACAGGAGUAUAACUAGAGAAAUAAGAAAAGUUGAUGCUGAAUUUGCAUCUGAUGCCUUUACAGUGUCUCAAGUAUCUGCAGAUGGGUCAAAUGUGUACGAUGACCAAAUUUUGAAAACAAAAGCACAGUAUACACAGAUUUUGAAGGAAAAAUUUAUGAUUUAG